GCACCUCCCCAGCCAGCUUUGCCGUCCGGUCCUCGAUGGCGACAAUCCCAGCUCUCACCACUAUAGCCAUUCUCCUGACUUGCCUCUUCUCCGGGGCGCGUAGCCAGACCCCGAGGGCUUUCCAGGAGAGCACCGUCCCCUUUGAGGUGCUCAGCCAGGAGCAGGCUUACAGUCUGGUCCAGCCAAGCCUGUUCCGGGACGCCAAGCUGUCGAACCACUCGGAGAGUCUGCGGGACGCCCCGCCGCUGCUGCCCGUGUGCGUGAAGCCUGCAGACAUCAGGCACAUCUUCAAGUACAUCAACACCAUCGUGUCCUGCACCAUCUUCAUAGUGGGGAUCAUCGGGAACUCCACGCUCCUGAGGAUCAUUUACAAGAACAAGUGCAUGAGGAACGGGCCAAACGUCCUCAUCGCUAGCCUGGCGCUCGGAGACCUGCUCUACAUCCUCAUCGCUCUGCCCAUCAACGUCUAUAAGCUCUUGGCAAAGGACUGGCCCUUCGGCGUGCAGGUGUGCAAGCUGGUGCCCUUCAUCCAGAAAGCCUCCGUGGGCAUCACGGUCCUCAGCCUUUGCGCUCUCAGCAUCGACAGGUACCGAGCAGUGGCGUCCUGGAGUCGGAUCCAGGGGAUAGGGAUCCCCAUGUGGAAGGCAGUGGAGGUGGCGCUGAUCUGGGUGGUGGCCAUCGUGCUCGCCAUCCCCGAAGCUAUAGCCUUCGACGUGGUGGAGCUCAGCUACUGGGAGCGGCACCUGUGGGUGUGCAUGCUCGCCUCCGAACAGAAAUCCAGCUUCAUGAUGUUCUACCGUGACGUGAAGGACUGGUGGCUUUUCGGCUUCUACUUCUGCCUCCCCUUGGUAUGCACUGGCAUCUUCUACACCCUCAUGUCAUGCGAGAUGCUGAGCAAGAGAAAUGGCAUGAGAAUUGCUCUGAACGACCACAUGAAACGGCGCCGGGAGGUGGCCAAGACCGUGUUCUGCCUGGUGGUGAUCUUUGCGCUCUGCUGGCUGCCGCUCCACCUCAGCCGCAUCCUCAAAAAGACCAUCUAUGAUCAGACGGACCCCAACAGGUGUGAACUGCUCAGUUUCCUCCUGGUGAUGGAUUACUUUGGGAUCAACAUGGCCUCCCUCAACUCCUGCAUCAACCCCGUGGCUCUCUACUUCGUUCAAGAACUGCUUCCAGGUAGGGCCGAGCCCUCCAGAGCUCCUGGGUUAUGGGCACCGUUCCCAUGUACUGACAUCACGCCGACGGACGAGAAGGGCUCCGUGGGGAAGUGGAAAGCCAACGGGCAGGAGCUCGGGCUGGACCGGAGCAGCUCCCGCUUGAGCAACAAGUACAGCUCGUCCUAA